UGCGGAUAGAGCUUUUUCCAUGUGGAGGCUCUUUCAAUGGACGUGUCCCCGAGUGCUUCUUAGACGGACUGCCGUCUCCUAAAGGUCGACCAUGGUGGCCGGGACCCGCUGUCUUCUAGCGUUGCUGCUUCCCCAGGUUCUCCUGGGCGGCGCGGCCGGCCUCAUUCCCGAGCUGGGCCGCAAGAAGUUCGCGGCGUCGGCGGCGUCCUCGGGCCGCCCCACAUCCCGGCCCUCCGACGACGUCCUGAGAGAAUUCGAGUUGCGCCUGCUCAGCAUGUUCGGCCUGAAACAGAGACCCACCCCCAGCAGAGAUGUCGUGGUGCCCCCCUACAUGCUGGACUUGUACCGCCGGCACUCGGGCCAGCCCGGCGCGCCUGCCCCGGACCUGCGGCUGGAGAGGGCGGCUAGCCGCGCCAACACCGUGCGCAGCUUCCACCACGAAGAAUAUCUGGAAGAACUGCCAGAAAUAAGUGGGAAAACUACCCGGCGAUUCUUCUUUAAUUUAAGUUCAAUCCCCACCGAGGAGUUUAUCAUGUCUGCUGAACUUCAGGUUUUUCGGGAACAGAUGCAGGAAGCUUUGGAAAGCGACAGCAGCUUCCAUCACCGAAUUAAUAUUUAUGAAAUUAUAAAACCUGCAACUGCCAACUCAAAAUUCCCCAUGACCAGACUUUUGGACACCAGGUUGGUGAGUCAGAACACCAGCCAGUGGGAAAGGUUUGACGUCACUCCAGCUGUGAUGCGGUGGACAGCACAGGGCCAUGCCAACCAUGGCUUCGUGGUAGAAGUGACCCACUUUGAGGAGAAGCAAGGUGUCUCCAAAAGACAUGUGAGGAUUAGCAGGUCUUUGCACCAAGAUGAGCACAGCUGGCCCCAGAUGAGGCCAUUGCUGGUAACUUUUGGCAAUGAUGGGAAAGGACACCCUCUCCACCGAAGAGAAAAACGUCAGGCCAAACACAAACAGCGCAAGCGCCUCAAAUCCAGCUGCAAGAGGCACCCUUUGUACGUGGACUUCAGUGAUGUGGGAUGGAAUGACUGGAUUGUGGCUCCACCAGGGUAUCAUGCCUUUUACUGUCACGGGGAAUGUCCUUUUCCCCUGGCUGAUCACCUGAACUCCACUAAUCACGCCAUUGUCCAGACGUUGGUCAACUCGGUGAACUCUAAGAUUCCCAAGGCUUGCUGUGUCCCCACGGAGCUCAGCGCCAUCUCCAUGCUAUACCUGGAUGAAAACGAGAAAGUCGUAUUGAAGAACUAUCAGGACAUGGUUGUAGAGGGUUGUGGAUGCCGUUAGCACAACAAAAUUAAUUAAUUAAAUACAUAUAUAUAUAUAUAUAUUUUAGGAAAAAAAACAAAAAAGAAUUAAAAAAAAUCUCAAACCCACAACUCCCUUUUCCCCUACCCCCCAAAAAACAAAACCAGCUGACACUUUAAUAUUUCCCAAUGAAGACUUUAUUUAUGGAAUGCAAUGGAGAAAAAUAAAAAAAACAUUAUUUUGAAAAUAUAUUUAUAUCUACAAAAAAGAAGUUGGGAAAACAAAUAUUUUUAAUCAGAGAAUUAUUCCUUAAAAGAUUUUUAAAGUGUAUUUAGUUGUACAUUUUAUAUGGGUUUUUUAACCCCCAGCACAUGAAGUAUAUUGGUCAGAUUUAUUUUGUAUUUAUUUUUACUAUUAUAACCACUUUUUAGGACAAAGAAAUAGCUAAUUUGUAUUUAUAUGUAAUCAGAAAAAGUAUCGGGUUUGUACAUAAUUUUCCAAAAAAAAAAUUGUAGUUUUUGGUUGUGUGUAUUUAAGAUGACAAGUCUACAUGGAAGGUUGCUUUGGCAAAGUGCUUAGCACGUUUGCUUUUUUUUGUUUUUGUUUUUUGUUGUUGGUUUUUUUGUUUUUUGUUUUCUUUUUUGCAGUGCUACUGUUAAGUUCACAAGUUCAAGUCCAGAAAAAAAAGUGGAUAAACCACUCUGCUGACUUUCAAGAUUAUUAUAUUAUUCAGUUCUCAGGAAUGCUGCAGAGUGGUUAUCCAAUCCAUGAGUACUUAUUAGGUAGAAUAUUUGGAAAAGAAUCACAUUAAUGAUCUGAUAGAUACCCUCCCCUUUUUUACCCAUUAACUUACAGAAAGAAUAAGUAAAGCAGGACUAACAGAACUGACCAGGAACCAUUAACAUACAGGGAAGUGAAUUCUGGUUCUUUCUUCAACUGGAGGUCAUUUCCAGGGAGAGAGGGAAGAGCUGAACUGGCCAAAGUAUUAAAUAAAACUAAGAUUUCUUUAUGAAUUGUUGUAGUCACGUAUAUUUAAAACUGACAUCUUGCAGCCCUCAAGAGUUGGAAAUUGAGUUGUAUUUUUGCCUUUACCUUGUUGGGGAAGCUCUUUAUGCUCCAAAGUACCCAAUUUUCUAACUUCCCAACACCCAGAAAAAUUGUGCACGUCAUGUUUUUCUGCCCACACCCUGUUCUCUAACUGAUCAGCUUGCUUUUCUUUCCGAGGCUAUAUGUUUCAACACAUUUCUCCAAAUGUUAAACCUAUUUCAGAUAAUAAAUAUCAAAAGCUCUGGCA